AGUAGCACCUUCACACAUAAAUCAACAGAAUGUCACUCCACUAGCCCACCCAGCAGGCCCUUCACACCAGUCAGCACUCCAGGCCUUGCGUAAGUGAAACAGGUUUCAUUCCGGUCAAUAUCUCACGUCUUCAAACUAUCUGUUGAUUACAACAACAUUGAUUUGUGUCAUGUCGGCCCAUCGUGUUAGCCCAAAAUAAACCUCCUAAUGUGGCGCCUCCCCCUGUCGUCCGGACCAACAGUAAGAACAGCCCGGUAUAAUAAUAGUCAACCACAUUCUCACAUUCUCACCGCGCCUGCAGCUCUGCCGCUCUCCCAGCGUGACCUCAAUACUGACUCUUCCACCGGCUCGCUUCAAAGUGGAAAAGGCAAGCGGCCUCGUAAUGACUCUCAAUCACGAUUGCCAUGCAAAAAGGGGAAAAUGAAGGCCCAUAACCCCCCCCAAGCCGGCGAGUCAUUAUUGAAUAGUUAUCUAAAAGCGUACCAUGCAGACCUCGAAUGUCCCAUCUGUCAAGAUUUCUUGGUCGCCGCACAUGUAUGUGUACCUUGCGGCCACAGCUUCUGCGGCGAAUGUCUCAGCCAAUGGGUCGAGGUCAAGAGGGAUUGCCCUUCGUGUCGCGGCAAACUCAAUGCCCCUCGGAUGGUGCCCAAUGUCGCCAUAAACAGUCUGGUGGAAACAUAUCUCGAUCAACUUGCUUGUACAGAGGGCAAUGAAGAAUGGAAGCGUCGUAGAAGCAAAUAUGCUGAAAGAGAGGCCAGGAAGAAGAAAUGGAAAUCGAAGCUGCAGGAGGACAAACGGCAUCGCGUACGAGCCAUUCUAAUAUUGGACAGCGACGAGGAUAGCAGCCAAGACGAAAGCUAUGACUCGGAAUCGGAACAACUAGUCGCUACAACUACAACCCCCAUGGGCUACCUCUUUGGACGCUAG